CGCGCGCACACGCGCUCUGCACCGAUGGCAAUAUGAGUGAGGGUGGAGCUGCAGAAAGUCGUUAAGCUGCACACUGCGCUGUGCGUCUCGGUACUUUCGGUGCUCAGGUGGCUUUAAUAACCGAGUUCAGGAAAACGGAUUUAGCGAACGAGGUUCGGUGAGUGUGAACACGGGGAAUGGUGGUGGGCGGAGGCGGACACGGCUGAAGCUUCUCUCCGGUAGGAGACAUGGAGGAGUCGGAGAGCAGCGCGGAGGACGGACUGCUGGCCACCUGGAGAUGGAACCGCAACGCGCGGGAACAGGUUCAGAUCAAGCAGAAGAUCCGGGACCUGCCUGGUUUAUUAAAACAUGGUUUGCAUCUCAGAAAGAAGAGCCAGUCACCUGACACCGUCCCAGGACCCAGUGCCUGUGUGCCCACCAAGUCCAAGACAUGCUCUCAGAGUUUCCCCUGUGCUGGCCGCGCACUGAGAAAUGCUUUUCUGUCUCAUGGUCCAUACCCAGCGAAAGACAAGAUCCACCUGGCACGAAUUAUCAGGAGGAGUUAUGUAGGUGUAGAGCUGGUGCAGUGGCUGCUGGAGCAGUGUGUGUUCGUGCAGUGCAGGAUGAUGGCGGCUCGGGUUUGGCAGGUGCUGCUGGAACUAGGGAUUCUGCACUCAGUGGACCAGCGGGUGGUGUUUGAGGACUCCAACACCUACUACCAGUUCUCAUUUGAGGAGUGUGACGCGCAGGGCUGUGAGUUCCGCUCGGAAGAGGAGUGGCAGAAUGGAGUCCGACUGCUCAUGCAAAUCGUCCCAUACGUCCAGUUUAGAGUGGUCAGCCCGCCUGAGGAGGAUCCUGAAGGUAAGCGGGAUAUCUGUGGUGAAAUUCUGCAAAUGAAGGCUCUGGAAAGGCUUACAUCCACGGUACAAAAUGAACUAGCUGCUGCACUGGCGCGGAAAGCGAGGAAAUCAAUGUCGGAGGACGACAGUUCAGAAACAGGAGCAGGUUCCCCACAAGAACCACAAAAGCCAAUCGAAGAUAAAGCUAAGGGUGGCAUGUGUGGGCUAAGAUCUCCAGAUGAGUUUUCACGUCUGGAGAUGGUGCAGAGGUUGGCCAAGGAUGGCUGCCGCUUCCUUCAGAACCAGAACUACAGACUGCCAGAACGGCCAGCACAGGCACAGGGUGAGGGCACGGUGCGGGUGUGCUUGAAGGAGAGAGGUCAGGACGUGCUGGUGCUUCAGAGAGUGGCGUCAGAACGAGCAUCGCCUCAGACAGCAGGAGCAGUCAAAGAGGACGAUGGAGAUAGGAGGUAUGUGGUGGUGUCCGGGACGCCCCACAAGGUCCUGGAGCACCUGCUGAGCGAUCUGAGGCUGGACGAACACCAGGGGGCGACAGAGGGCAAAGAGGCUGAAAUGCUGCUGGAUGACUUCUUGCUCACGUAUUUGGUGUUCAUGUCUACUAAUGAUCUCUGCCAGGCGUUGCUUGGUCACUACUGCACUAAGCGCUGUCGGGGUAAGGAGGAAGGGAAGGAGGCCCUCUACAGGAAGAGAAAGGUGCUGCACCUGGUCUCUCAGUGGAGCUCCCUGUACAAAGACUUUCUGCGGGAGGAGGAGCACGUCAAACUCUUCAUGAAGACACUGUACCGCUAUGUGCUGGAGGACGUCUAUGAGUUCCCCACUCUGGAGAAAGACCUGAAAGAGUUCCAGAAGCUUCUGCGCCGCAGGCACACUGUGGAUGACUAUUCACCCCACCAAAAGAACAAAGCUCUGUUCCAGCAGCUGAGUCUGAAGGAGAAUGGUGUUCAGCUCCGUGGAGCACACAGUGACAACAGAGAAGUGAUGUGCCGUGUGUAUGUGAGCUCAGAUUCGUAUCUCAGUGUGAGGCUAAGAACAACAGUAGUGGCUCAAGAGCUGAUACACAUCGUAGCUCAGAGGAUGGAGAAACCUGCAGAGGAAAUGGUGCUGGUGGCACAGACGUACAGUGGAGAGAAACGGAUCCUUCAGCCGCAUGACUGCAUUAUCUCUGAGAAUCUGACACUGCCAUUCAGACUAAUGGCCUGCUGGAAGGACAUGAAUGAGAUUCUGCCUCCUCUUACAGACUGUGUGGAAUUAGCACAGCGACCUUCACGCCUCCUGGGCAUCAACACUUGGGACGUGUCUGUGGCUCUCACCAACCUCGACUGGGCGCUUUUUAACUCUGUGCAUGAGCAAGAGCUGGUCUAUUACACGUUCAGUCGUCAGGCGAGCAGCGGGCACACAGUGGCACUGGAGCAGCUCCUGCAGCGCUGUAACGAGGUUCAGCAGUGGGUGAUGUCAGAGGUGCUGUUGUGUUCCUCGCUCGGAAAACGUGUACAGCUACUGAAAAAGUUCAUCAAGAUCGCUGCACACUGUAAAGCACAGAGGAAUCUGAACUCAUCAUUUGCGAUCAUAAUGGGGCUGAACACAGCAGCAGUGAGUCGACUCAAUCAGACCUGGGAGAAAGUUCCUGGAAAAUUCAAGAAGCUUUUCUCUGAACUCGAGUUAUUAACUGACCCGUCUCUAAACCACAAAGCCUACAGAGAUGCCUUUAGGAAGAUGAAACCACCCAAAAUUCCUUUCAUGCCCCUGCUGUUGAAAGACAUCACCUUCAUUCAUGAAGGCAACAAAACAUUUCACGAUAACCUCGUCAACUUUGAAAAGCUGCACAUGAUUGCAGACACUGUCCGACUCAUCCGUCACUGUCAGACUGAACAAACAGGAGGUGAAGCUGCACAGAGUGAUAGUGUGGAUGUGAGAGCCAGUGUGCACUACCUUCACAUCAUUGACAAUCAGCAGACUCUUUUCGAGCUGUCUCACAGACUGGAGCCCAGAGCGUAACAGCGCCAUCUGAUGGACAUUCAAUAAUAAUGCAGCAGAACGCGUGGCACUACUGAGACUGAUUCUCCCAGCACUGACUGAAUGAACUGGCAUGGUUGUUGGUGGCAUGCACUGGAUGGAUGGAGGGUUUCAGCCUCUUCACAGCCAAAUCGAAGACAAGACUGAAUGAGAAUUUAUAAUGGUUUUAUUAUGGACUGUCAAUGCAGAGUCAUUAGUAGUCUGUGGGUAAACGACCCAACAUGGCAAGUGUGAAGUUUUUCAAUAUUGUUUUGUUGAAGCGUCUAAUAUUCAUAAUGAGGAAUAAUGUGUUGUUAUUUAUGUAUUUGUUGAGUACAAGUAACGGUAAAUGGGAACUUCAAAGGAGCUUUUAGGGUUGUGCUUGACUUUAAGGUUCAGUACAGAACAGGCAUUGGAACUAGUUUUGCUAUUUAAUUAUCUGUGAAUAGUAUUUAAUUAUAUUAACAAAAAAAUAUUAGCGUAGAUGUCCCAGGCUUAGUCUAUCAAACAUAUAGCCUAAAACCUUCUUCAGGAAUAAAUAUACCUAUGUUUUUAUUCUGAUUCCAAAUUCCCAGAGGUGGGUAGUAACACAUUAUAAACACUUUUUUAUUCAAUUGAAUGGGACCACAGUUGACUAUUUUUAAUAGUGUAAAAUUGUACCACGUAAAAAAAAAAAAAACAUAAAGCUGAGCUGUGCUGAUCGUUUCAUGCUUACUCCAGGCUAUCUUUCCUAAAAUGCCUCACAGUGGUGUAAACAAGCCCUUCCCAUCUGCCAUCCCAUUUUCUUUGCCAGUCCAUGAACACUCAAAGUAACAAAUAUUCAUAUUCAAAUAUUAAAUAUUUAAAAUAUUUGCAUACUGUAUGUAGUGAACACUAAACCAUUUGGUAUCCCUGAGUAAAACUAAAUAGAAUUGGGUGGAUUACUGUGAGUAAGUAGAACUGACAGCGUUUCUAUAAUGUGUCGUGCCUCUACCCACCUUUGCUAAUUAUUUAUGCUUAAUUGACCAGACUUGGUAAACAUAACCUGUUGAGUUUGGAUGUUUGGAUAACCGUGUCCAUUCUUCAUAUGUGCCACAAUGUUGAUUCAACCCAGGAGAGAGAAGGAAAUCCCUGACCCAGAGAUGUAAUACAGAGGUUAAUACUGUACAUACCUCACACAUAUCUUUGUCAUUCUAAAUAUUGUUGGUUGUUGUGAUUUCAUUUGGAUUUAAUAACAGAAAGCUGUAAUUGCUUUUGUGACAGCAGUAUUAUUUAAUACUUUGUUCUUUUGGACUGUGCAAUGCUUCAGACUUCUGAUCCACUGGAUAAUGGAGUGCAGUGUUUUCUCACAUGAGCCAUCAGGUUUUUCUUCUGACUUCAUAUUGGACUACACAUUUCAUUUAAAAAGCUGGUGACGCAUGCACAUUGUAUUUGCACUUUUAUCUUUGUUUAUACAGUAAUGUGUAAGAUUGUAUAUAGUUUAUAUAUGUACAUGUUUAUUGUGAAGCAUCUGCAGACACAUUUCUGUGCCAAAUAUAAUUAUGGGAGAGUGAUUUAUUAUUGAAGAUAGUAAAACCUUGUUUAGCCUUACCUGCAGUUAUAACAGAUCCAUUCCACAAAGAGAUGUCGUGCUCUAGUACACACAUGUUCACUGGAUUAUAUUGUUUGUGUGGUUAAGUUCCUUUUACUGUUAAAACUAUUAGAACUAGUCUUUGUUCAGGACUAAUAAAGGGAAUAUAAAUUGUAAAUUGGUUUAGUGAAAUCCCUGUCACUUGUUUUAGAGACAUUUAAUAAAAAGUCAUGAAUAAUUAGCUGUAUUUUGCAAUAAAAAUACAUCAUUUUUUCAUAUUUGGCUCUAAUAAAUAAAUACUGCACAUUUCCUACUGCCAUUCAAUUGCAUUGGAUUGAAGCAUUAUUAUUUAUUUAUUUUUAUUUAUGUUCAAGUUCAGCCUCAAGGACAAUAUAGGUGCAGAUUAAACUAUCCAAACAAAUCAUUUAAUGUGUAAUAUCUGUAAUAUUUCAAUAUGCCUGUUGUAUUUUGUUGCUCUUUCUUCAUGUUCAGCUGGUUUGCAUGUGCUAAAGACGCUCACAAAUUCACUGGUUGGUGUAAUCUGCAAAUGUAAAUAGAAAUAGAUAUGCUUAUGUUUCAAACCCCAAAAUGCAAAGCAAUAUGGUCACCCCGUUUUGUGUGUUUAUCCUUGUUGAUAUAGAAACCACAUCCAACUUUUCUAUAAUAUGCAUUUUUACAGCAAAUGAGUGAAUAAAACAUUCAUGUAAUAUGA